CCUGGAACCCCGCCCUGAGGCUCAGGAUGCUGCCUCCUGGAGUAAACAGGGGAGUCCUCUCUGGCGUGAGAGGGCCACCAGGGGACUGGAGUCUCAGAACAGAACCCAGGCUCAGCCUUGUACCUCAGGCUCCUGCCAUCCCCUAGCUGGGGACUCUGGGCUAUAAGGGACAGGGACUGCCCCGCUCCCUGUGUGCCUAGGCAGUGGCUGGGGUCAGGCAGACCGCUGACACAGGGUUAAUGUUCAACCAGCCCAGCCCUGAGCUCCAGCCUGACUCAGGCGCUUGCUGACCCCAUGGUGGAGAGUGAGGAGCCUGGGUCCGCCUCUGCCCACCUGCCGAAGGGGCUGCUGGAACUUUUUCUGGAGGGAUGUCUACAGCCUGGGGCUGAGUGUCAGGUUACCAAGGAAACCAGCCAGGGCCGCCAAGGUCUGAAGAAGGACAGAGUGGGCAUUUGCUCAUCGCCCACGUCACCGGGCCCUGAUGCCCAACCUGUGGGGAGGACGUGGGCAGCUUCUCAGCAGGGCUGUCAGUCCUGCUUGCCUCCCUAACCCCCUCUUGCUGGGUCUCUUGGGGCCCCAGACCUGGGGACACUUGCCUUUUCUGUCCUAGGGGAAACUGAGGCAGAGCCCCUGCGUGUCCCCACCCUCAGCAUCAGGAUGGACUCCUAUCUUGUCUGGAAGCCUGAAUUUCCAACCUUCCCCCCACCCCCUCCCGCAGCAUGGCUGAGAGAGAAGGACAUAGCAGCUGCCCUGGGCCCAGACCCGGGAGGCUCCAGAGUGCCCAAGAGAGGACUGAGGCCAAGCAGGGAGCCUGAGCUCUGCUCUCACCCCAUGGCAGAGGGUCUGGCCAGCUCCACCAGUGUCCCAUUCCCCACGCGCUCUGAGCCCUGGGCAUCGACCAGAGAUGCAGCCGCCUGCCCUGGGAGCCUGGACUGUGCCCUGAGACGGCGGUCACGCUGCCCUCCCGACUCACAUGUCUGUGGGCCAUGCCUGCAGCCUUUCCAGGAGGACGAGCAGGGCCUGUGUGUACCCAGGACCCUCCGGCCGCUGGGGAAGGGCUUGCCCCAGCCCAGGCUGGAAGAUGAGAUCGACUUCUUAGCCCAAGAGCUAGCACGCCACGAGGCAGGACCCUGGAGGCCCACAGACUGGCCUGAGGCCAGACGACGCCUUCUGCAACCUGCAGCCACACUGGGGCUCUCCGAGCGCGGCCAGGGCCCAGGGCUGGGCCUCCCCUUGCCCCAAGGAGGCCCUUCGCCCACGCCCCGCACCUCUUUGGGACCUCCAGUGUCUUCGGGGCCUGUGCACAUAUCCCCGCUGAAGCCUGGCACCCGGCGCUGGGACGGGCUAGUCCUUGUGCUGAUCCUGGUCUGCUCUGUGGCUGGAGUGACCGCCCUCGUCAUGGCUGCCCUCUGCUGGUGCAGGCUGCAGAGAGAGAUUCGCCUGAGCCAGAAGGUCGACUACAAGGCCCAGAAAGGGCCCGGCUCCCCAACAUCCCCCCGGAUCUCCAUCUCAGUGCGCAGUCCCGCCUCCGGGGACCAGCGGCUGGCACAGAGCGCCGAGAUGUACCAUUAUCAGCACCAGAGGCAGCAGAUGCUCAGUUUGGAGCGGCAUAAAGAGCCACCCAAGGAGCUGGACUUGGCCUCCUCGGAUGAGGAGAAUGAAGACGGGGACUUCACCGUGUACGAGUGCCCCGGCCUGGCUCCGACUGGGGAGAUGGAGGUGCGGAACCCACUGUUCGAUGAUUCCUCGCUGGCCAGGCCCCCCCUGCUCUCACCCCCGCUGCAGUGACCAGGGCCCGGCGCCCACCGGGCGGAAGGGCCCAGCCGGGGUUUCCCAGAGAAGGAACCUGUUCCCACAGCACCUGUGGCUGCGUGAGGGGCUACUGGACCCCCGUGUGUGCCCUGGUGUCUGGCCCCUUCUGCCCACCACUCCUGUUCCUGGGCUCAGGAGCCAGACCCAAGCUGGAUGGGGCGGGGGCCCCAGAGACCAGGUACCAGUUUGCAUCCGUACCUUGGAGACAAAAGCCAAUUAAAAGUACACUUCAA